UCGGCUCGCUCUUUUCUUCUGCUCGUACUGACUGACCGUCAGCAACCCACGCCAUCUUUUCCAUCUCUGCCGAGCAAGCCACCCUUGACCAAGCCAUCCCGCAGUCCACCACCACCACCACCACCAUCAGCCAAGACAUGUCAGCCACCCCCGCCUUCACACCCGCAGCCACCCAGCCCUGCUCCCCGUUCACGUCCUACAACGGCCCGUGGGGCGGGUUCCGCACCGGCAUUGGCGGCGUGGCCGGCGGGCAGGCCAUGUGCGAGACCAACGCGUCGGAGAACAACUUCUCCGACUACCUCUACGUGCACUACCAGGGCGACGACGGCAGCCCCCUCGGCUACUGGGACUGCUGGGCCGGUGGCGUGCAGGUCCAGAGCGUGCUAUGCGGCAGACUGGGAAGGAGGCAGGCGUAUACCUCGACCCCGAAUGCGGCGCGCGUACCCGACUUCCAGAUCUAUGAGCAGAUGGCGAGCGCGGGCUUGCUUGAACCUACUCCUAGCGUCCUUUCGCCUGCCUUCCCUUCAAGCUCUCAGGAUGCGCUGCCCCCGUUCCAGCCGGCCUUUUCUUCGUUCACGCAGCCGUACGCCGUUGCUCCGAAUGACCUCCCUGCUGUCAUCACAGUUAGCACCGCAGCGCCACUGGACACCUCUCCUUCGAGUAUUCCGGAUGUUUAUUCCAACGCGCUCAAUGCACCAUUUGUCUUCCCGGAUGUCAUCUCAGCCACUCCCGCAACACUGGGUAUUUCUCCAGAUAUUCAACCAGACUAUGAACCCAACAACGCCGCUAUAUCGAGCGUCCCCGCUGUUGUCAUUGUCCCGGAAGACACAGUCACAUACGCCCCCAUCCCCACAGACAACGCCCCCGCAAACAAUAUUCCCCUCCUAGAAGCCCAACCGAGUCCCUUCUCGCCAAACCCCCAGCCCGACCCUCUCUCGCCAAACCUCCAACCCAUCGCCCCCCAGCCAGAUGCCCAACCCAACCCCGACGUCGUCGUCCUCGUCACCACCUGGGUCGUCGACACAGCCACCGCAGCCGUCACCGUCACGCUCGCCGGCGCCGCCUUUGCAGCGACUUCGGUGGCGCUGGCCGCUGCGUCGGCGGUCGUAACGGCGGCUGAGCCUACGGUCACGCACAUGAGGUUCUAUACUGUGACGGAGACGAGGUGGUUCCAGGCGCCCGAGUGUGUGCGGGUUCGGGGCUAAUGCUCGGUGUUGUGAUAUGUUGGGGGCCGGUGGUAUAUUAAUAGGUAUCUUUCAGAUGUAUGUUGAUGUGUGUCCUUGUGACGAGAUGUGAUUGUGUGGUGAAGGUCCGAGGGUGGAAGACGUGCGUGCCCGUUGACGCCAGUGUGCAACGCCAGUUAAGUUGGAUAUCCAAGGCGUGUCCCAUCAACGAGCCCUCCCCAUAACCCUGUCCCGCGCGUUCUUGCGCUCGUCCGGGGCCGAGUCAGAGUGCUCGGUCAUGUACGACGAGUGCGUCUGCUUCUGCUGCCACUCGCGCUGCUGGCGGUUCUGCUCGUAGGCGACAAUGUCGUCGGGGGUGAGGGAGAUGACGGUGGCGGGGCGGCGGAGCAUGGUGUGCGUUGUGUUGUGUUGUGUUGUGGUUGUGGUGACGCCAAGAAGUCGC